AGUGGAGCGAGCCUCAACUUGCAUGCCAAGCCGAACGUAUCCUGCCUCUUCCUCUCAAUCGCACACGCGCGCCAUCACACAUCACACAUACCCCUCUCCCCCUUUCGCUUCAGGGCGUUCUGCAGGGGUGGCUCGUACGGGACAGAUCCCCACGAUCGAUCUCACUAGCAUCCUCGCUCGGAGCCACGACGGGGAUUAUAAGCACGCCAAUCCCUCUCCAGAGAACUUUGCCGAUUGCUGCUGCGUGGCCCGUCCGCAAUUGUCUGUCUGACCGCGAGGGGAAAGCUCCGAAUCCCAUGCCCUCCUUGACGGCCAACUAAACCGGGGUUUCGGAAGCCUGCGGCCUCGACGUGCGCAUAUACUUUGACGCUCUCCAACCUCACGACUGGACAAUAUCAAACGGGCCUGCGACCCGGGAAGCAACAAGACACGAGGAACAAACACCCACCGAAACCAUGGCCGACCCAACCUCCAAGCUCCUGACCGAGACGAAUGGUCCGAUAGUCACCACCGUCGCCUACACGUUCAGCGCCAUCGCCUUGAUCUUCACCACCCUGCGCUUCUACACGCGCGGAACGAUUCUCAAGGCGAUCGGCGCCGACGACUGGGCCAUGCUAGUCGCGGUUGCCUUUUCCAUUGCCAACUCGAUCUGCAUGGUCUUUGAGGUCAAGUAUGGCAUGGGCAAACACACAGAGGCAGUCAAACCAGAAGAGAGCCUGGUUCAGCUACAUUACCUCUUUGGCAGUAUCAUCCUCUACAAUUUGGGCAUGAACGUGGUCAAGCUUGGCUUCCUAUUCCAGUUCAGGCGCAUCUUCCAGAACUCCAUGAUUCAGAAGAUUUGCUUCUGGUCCAUCAUCGGCGUCUGCAUUUGGGCUGUCGUCCAGGGCCUCUUGCUAGGCUUCGCUUGCCUGCCUCUCCAAUUUAUUUUCCCUUCAAUGGCAGGCAAGUGCCUAGAGACUUUGACCACUUGGUACAUCUCUUCGGGCACGAGCAUGGCUACCGAUGUCGCCAUCUUCUGCAUCCCACUGCCGUCGGUGUGGAAGCUUCAGCUUCCUCUUAAGCAGAAGAUAAUGGUUCUGGGCAUUUUUUGCCUGGGCUUCUUUGUCUGCAUCGUUUCCGUCUACCGCCUGUUCACCCUCCACUCGGCCGUUUACAGCCUGGAUCCGUCGUGGGAGAACAUUGGGGCGGCCAUCUGGUCCUGCAUCGAGCUCAACGUCGCUAUUAUCGCCUCCAGCCUGCCGACCCUGCGGCCGCUGCUUGCGCGCCUCCUGCCCGGGCUCGGCCUCACGCGCCCAUCUAAAGAUAGAUCUAAUUAUCUCAGAUAUGGCGGCUCGACUCUUGCCAGCCCGCGCGCCACCAACUUCAGCGGCAGCAAGGGCGGCGGCAUGACGUCGUCGGCCAGCAACCGGAACCGCGCCGCCAGCAUCAGCACCGAGGAGCUCGCGCUCGGCGAGCUCACGACGCCGGCGAGCAUCGCCGCUAGCAUGUACGCCAACGCCUCGGCCGACCCCAGCGGCGGCGCGCAGGGCGCCGAGAAGCAGCAGCAGCCGCAGUACUACUACCAGCAGCAGCAGCCGCAGCAGCCGCAGCAGCAGUUCCAGAGCCAGUCACAACCGGGCCGCAUCGUGAGGACGACCGAGAUAUCGGUCCAGACUGGGGAUCGGCUAUAAGGACGCGACGGGGGAGGGUGCUCUUUUGUAUUUUCGUUGUAUCUGCCGCUUUGCGCCUUCGUUCUACAUGAUUCUGGGUGUCUUGUCUCCCGGCUCACUGCCCGACAGUGGCUGGGCUGCAAACAACCUUUUCGACCCCCGCUACGACUAUGGCUACGGCUAAUGAUGGGGUGGGCUGGAUGUAUGAUAUUUUUUGGUUCAAGGGGCUCUGGUUGGUUCACAGUUCUUGUGUAUCAUGGUCAAUUUCUAUGUACAUACACCGACAGAAAAAAAAGUAUCAACAAAAGAAAUCAACGAAGAAAAGAAAUUUCGCCUUCUCAUCCAACC